GCGGGCCGACCCGCCCGGAGGGAAGGAGCUGCCGGACUCCGCACCGCUCCGGCGGCCCGGGCCUGCCCUCCGUCCUCGGCCUGGCCGCCAGCGGCUGCGCACGCCUCUCUCCUUCCUCCUCCUCUUGGCGGCCGCUGCCCCGGCAGAGAUGGAGGCCAUCGAGGAUCUGGAGCUCAAACCCUGCACCUCCUCCAUCUACCUGCGGCCUUACCGCCUCUGUUACAGGCAGAAUGGCACUAAGAAGGUCUGGGAUUUUAUGAAGAUACAUGACAGUGUGUCAAUCCUGAUCUUUAAUACUUCUCGGCAGUGCUUUGUUCUGGUGAAGCAGUUCCGCCCAGCUGUUUACAUGUGUGAAGUAGGAAAGCAUCAUCCGCAACUUUUUCAGAAUCGGGACAAUGAGAGCUUCUCUCGUCUAGAGGAUCCCUUACCUGCUGCAGUAGGAGUGACCUAUGAACUCUGCUCUGGCAUUGUUGACAAACCAGACCUUUCUUUAGAAGAAAUUGCAUGUGAGGAAGUCUUAGAAGAAUGUGGCUAUCAUGUUACUGUUACAGACCUAAGGAAAAUCACUUCUUACAGGUCUGGAGUUGGUGUGACAGGUUCUAGCCAGACAUUAUUUUAUGCAGAAGUCACAGACCAGAUGAGAAUUGGGGAAGGAGGAGGCCAAGCUGAAGAAGGCGAGCUGAUUGAAGUUGUAGAAAUACCUUUAGAAGAGUCCAUGAAGUUUGCUUAUGAUGAGACUCUCCAGAAGACGAUGGGCGUCAUCUUCAGCUUCACAUGGUUCCAAGACAACAUAGCACCCAAGCUACAGAAAAAAUAAAAUCAAAGUACCACGACUGUAAGAAAAGCUUUCCAGCUGGUUCUGUGGAUACAGAAAACUGCAAAUCUGCCUGCCUUGAUCAUCAUGUCUUCUCAUGGGGCAAAUCUUUCUUGAAAUAAAUUUGGAAAUAAAAUCUCAAUUAAAAUCUUGA